AUGGUGGCGUGGGUGAACAUGCGGAUCGACGCGGGCGGGCUGCGCGUCGCGCAGACGUCCGCGUCGAGGAAAGUCUUGCGAGCGCUCGCGCGGCGCGGCGACGAGGCCGAGCGCGAGGACGCCGCGAGAUCAUCGUCGUCGCUCUCGGAGGCGUGCGAGCGUUUCGAGGACGCGGACGACGUCCCCUUCCGCCUUCUGCGUCGCGCGUGCGAGGCGUCUCGAGCCGAGAAGAUGAAGAAGAUGAAGAAGAAGAAGGACGACGACGACGACGACGACGACGACGACGACGGUCCGUACCUUCAGGACGUGAUGCUCGGCUCGAAGCUCGUCUUGACCGCGCCGAGGCUGCCGCCCGUGGAUCCAGAGCACGCCGCGCGGAUGGCGAAGCUCCGCGAGGAGGUGGACGAGCGCAGGCGGCGCGCGAUGCGGCUCCGGGAGAGCGCGGAGGAGGGCGACGCGGAGGGCGACGCGGAGGGCGACGCGGGGACGAGCGGCGUGUCGAUGCUGGCGAAGGAUCUCGGGUUCGGCGCGCACGUGCUGACCGUCGUCGUCGCGUCCGGCGUCGCGGGCGUCCUCGCCGGUGCGUCUCGGCGCGUCCGAGAAGAAACGUUUUUUUUUUUCCAACGCGACGCCGCGCCGACGCCGCGACUUCCCCUCCCGCGCAGGCAAAUCGAUGGCCCCGGACAGCGUCACGACGCACAUCGUGAUCGGGGCGAUGGCCGCGUUCGUCGCGCUGGUCGUGGAAGCCCUCCUUUUCAUCCUCCGCGACGCGAAGACGUAGGCGCGGCGCGGAGAGAGACGCGCGAGAAGACUUUCGACGACGAAACUCGAGACGACUGGAACAGAAUCAGGUGCGUUCUAUACACUGGUUCCCAUACGACCGCGUUCGCGUGGUGA